AUGCUUGUUUUGUUAAGUAAUAAAAUUAUCCUUUUCUUUUUCUGUGGAACAGAGGAAGCUGCCCUAAUGGAGCUUCUUAAUUUCAUGUAUAGCAAUUCCUUAACUGCAACUACAGCCCCUGUUUUGUUGGAUGUGCUGAUGGCUGCUGACAAAUUCGAGGUUGCUUCAUGCAUGAGGUAUUGCAGUCGUCUAUUGCGGAAUUUGUCCAUGUCACCUGAGUCUGCGUUGCUAUAUCUGGAGCUUCCUUCCAGCGUAUUAAUGGCCGAAGCAGUUCAGCCAUUGACAGAUGCAGCAAAGCUGUACCUGGCUGGCCGUUACAAGGACAUAACCAAGUAA